AAAUUCUUUAUUGUAAUUAAUUAAAUUUAAUAAUAAAUACACAAAACUAAUUAAAAAGUUUCACUCUUUUAAUAAAAUUAAUAUUUUUUAAAAAUUGGAAUAAAUAUAAAAAAUAUGAAAUUUAUCAAUUAAAUGUAAAUAUAUGUUUCAGACUAUUUUAUGCAUCGCGAAUUUCAAGUGUAUUAUAGGGUGAGAAUAUUGAGAUGUCAGGAAGCAAAUAAAGCUAGAAUACAGAUAAAAAAAAAAGGUGUAGUUUUAUGUGUCACUGGUACUUAGGAGAUGCAGUUUACGUACAUGAUAAAAACGUAUAAUAGCCUCUUCUCGCCAAAAUAUCUCUGAAGGCUUUAUUUUCAACACUAGCUUAUUCUGAAUUUUUCGAUAUUCAUUGUCUCUUUUUCUUGAAAAAAAAAAUAAUUUUGUAAUCAAUGAUUUUUAUUUUAUUUGGAUAACAAAAAUUUAUGUGAAAUUUCGUUAUUACUUAUGAAAUAAAUUUAAAAAUGGUCACGUGAUAUUUUCAAUUAUAAACUCAAUAAGUUCAAUUAAUACAAACAAAAGUUACACUAUUGUGCGGUGAUACGGUGCGUUAAAGUGGCGAGAAGCUUCGCAAGUCCUAAUAGUAUUGCAUUUGAUAUUCCGCAAUGUUCAAUGAGGGUGAAAAAUUGAGGAAAAAUUUUUGCAAAGGAGUAUCUAGACUGAAAUCAAGUGAAGAAAGUCGAAGCUGAUAAAUCUUGAAAUUGAGGAUCGCUGAAAGGGGUGCUCAAAGUGGUCUUUUAAAAGAAACAUGAAUGUUCCUUGCUACCAGAGAAAAAGAAUUUUUAUUAAGGAGGCUAGAGAGCCUCGCGCGUUCAAGCUCUCUUAGCGAAUCGUUUGGAUGACUUAUCUAGAAGAAUAAUCGAGAGAGAGAGAGAGAGAGAGAGAAUGUUUGAACACAAGCAGACAAUCUUGCUGGCGCCGGCACUCAGCAACAGCAGUUGUUGGCGGCCCGGUUCAUCCGAGAUGUCCUGGACUGGUCCAGGACCGGGAGAGUUAAUUCGCGCUGCCUUGAUUCUUCUUCUUAGCAUUGGAAUUCUAUUCGCCAAUCUUGUCGUCAUUUGUGUCAUCAACAGUCGCCGCUACAAUAAAUACAUUCACGCUCAGCCAAGAUAUCUGUUAACUAGUCUCGCGAGUAACGAUCUUGCCAUUGGACUUCUGGUGACUCCAUUCGGCUUCCUUCCGGCUAUAUAUGGUUGCUGGCCCUACGGUGAAGUCGUUUGUCAAAUUCAGGCAUUGCUUAGAGGGGCUCUUACUCAACAAAGUGCUGUAAUUCUGGUUUGCAUGGCGAUAGAUCGUUACAUCUGCAUGUUACAUCCUCAUCGUUAUCACAGACAUUCCACAAGAAAGUAUUACAUGCGGCAGGGUUGUGUGGCUAUUAUGUCAACCACUUGGAUAGCAAGCGUGGCAACUUUUGGACUCCUGGUUCUCCCUAAGGGCGGAUAUUAUUUCAAUGCGACUGGCCUUCUCGCCUGCGAUCCCUUCUUUUCUAGAGCCUCGCUUAGGAUUCUUGCAUGCUGUUGCUUUUAUUUUCCUACGACGAUGGUACUCAUGUACUGUUACGGUUCUGCCUUUCACGUCAACAAACUGCGCUUAAAGAGGGUAGUUUGUGUCAACACGCCGGAAGUUGUCGGCGGUGGACACAUCGAGAGGUUCAAGGUCCACGAGAGGCGACUGUCGACCUCUGCAUCACGAACAAUGGCAGCGAUGAGUCUCGGAUUCAUCGUCAUGGUCACCCCAUGGACCAUCCAGGAAGUUGUGGUUGCAUGUACCGGAAGUAAGCCACCACCAUUCCUCGAAUUCCUAGCAACGUGGCUCGCUCUUUCCAACAGCUUUUGGAAUCCUUUUCUUUAUUGGUUACUCAACAAUCACUUUCGACGAAUUUCGAAAGAAAUCUUCUAUACGAAGAUUUUAUGCCGAUCGAAACCUCUUGGGCCAAAACAGCAUUGCUGUGCAACUAGUACAGGUGGUUUGGAUGUCUGUAGCAUUGCUGGACUAGAUUUAUCAGGUUUAGAUCGAUGUUCCAUGGAUCAUUGUUCAAUGGCAAGAUGUUCGUCAUCAUCAUUAGCACUAACACCCCCGCCUCUGCCAUGGGAAGCAAGACACAUAGUUAACGAAGAAAAAAUGAUCACGUGAGGAAAGGAUGCUGCCACGCAAACUGAAUACUCCGAUUCUCCGGAGCAUAGCAGUUAGUAAUGCGUGGUGGCAGGAUAAAGCAAUUAACAUUUAGUGUCGACAUAAAAUUUCAAAUAUAUAUUACAGUUCAUAAAAACUAAAUAAGUAUAUCAAAAUUACUUGCUAAAAAAAGAAAAUUAAAUAAUAAAAUAAAAAUAAUUACAAGUUUCUCAUUUUAUCUUUUAGAAAUAAAUUUUUGUAAUUUGGUAAAUGUUUUGUAAAAUUCUAUACAUAUAUAUAUAUAUACGUCUAUAUAUUUCUUUUACUUGUCACAAUUUAAAGAUAAAAUUUUUGUUUUUUAAAAAGUCAAAUUUUUAAUACAAAUAAAACCGCUUAAGAAACUUCUACAUUAAAAAAAAUAAUGCAUAUAUUCACGGAAAAAAAGAAAAAGUAAUUUUUACUACUUUCAUAGUAAAACGGGAACUGUCCAAAGUUUCUGCGCAUCUCUGUCAACUUUUACACCAAAAAUAGUAAAAUUGACUAUUUUUUGUAGUAAAUUUUACUGUUCCGUAGUAAUGUUUACUAUUUCUGAAGUAAACUUUACUAUUUUUGGAGUAAAAGUUGCCAGAGAUGCGCAGAAACUUUAAACAGUUCCCGCUUUACUAUGAAAGUAGUAAAAAUUACUUUUUAUUUUUUUCUAUGUUCAUUUUUAAAUUUCUAAUUAAAUUUAAUUAGAAAUUGCUUACAUUAAAAUAAACGACAGCUAAAAAAUUUAUAAUUCUAUAAAUUUAAAUUAAUAUAAAUAAGGACUCUUUUUUAAAAAGAGAGCUUUGUAAAAUUACAAAUAAAUUUAUUAAUUUUAUAUAGUUCUAGAAUAAAAUAAAAAGUGUCAAGAUGAAAAAAAAAAUGUUGAACAAAAAUUAUUAAAAUCGUUUUCACUGCCCAUUGAUAAGGAUAAUUAUUGUGAAAGUGAAAAAAUAAUAGUAUUAAAAAAAAUGUAAUUAAACGCACAGGGCUUCAAUUAUCAUAAAAUAUACUAAUACGAUAAAUAGUUUAAGAAAUCCAAAUAAAAACUUUUUUAGUUUCAUAAAUAACAAUUUAAUUAAAUAUAAAAUUUUUAUAUUAUACAAAUUAUAUUUUAUAAUAUAAAUAUAUAAUUGCAAAAAUUUAACAUUUCUUUGAAUUAUUGUGCUAAAAAAAUCUUUUAAAAAAUAUAUAAAUCAAAAAAUUUUCUUUUAAUUAUUGUAUUAUAUAAUUACCUGAACAAAGGAAUAGAAUAAAAAAAAAUUCAUAUUCUUAACAAAAAAAAAAAAAAAAUUAUAAAAGUACCUAUUAGAUUAAUAUCAUACUGAUAAUGCGCAGCACAAAUAUAGAUACCAAUUUGUAAUUAGAAACGCAGAUUUAUAUAUGAAUUUAAAUAUUAUAGAGAUUCCAAAUAUGUCGGUAAAGUUUUGAAAAAACAUGUAAAAGAAAUAUUAAACUCUUAUAAUUAAUAACUAUAUGACCGUAUGACGUCAUAAAAAUGUAAUUUUAUCUAAAUUGUAAACAAAAAUUCAUGUUGUAUUCUAAUGUAAAAAAAAAAAAUUAUUCACCUGUAAGUUUACAAGACUUUAAGAUUUAUAAAAAGAAUCUCUGUUUCAACAUUAUUUAUUAUAUAAUUAUUUAGGGAUGAAUAAUAAAAAUAAACUGUCAUGUUUAACUUUGUAACACAAAAUUGUAAGUUGUUCAUGGAUUAUUAAAACAAUAUUGAUUCAUAACAAUUUAUAAUUACUUUACCUCAUCAACAAUAUUUUUAAUUUUUUACUUUUCAAAUAUUAAUAGAUUUUACUGUACAAAAUGUAAUUAAUUACAAAAUUUUUUAUUUUUUAAACCAUAAAAAUUGAAAUACGUUAUCCAAAUUGAAAAUUUUUUAAAUCAUUUAAAUUUGUUAUCAAUUCAUGUCUGGGUAUUAAGUUUACAUCGGCAGCUAUAUUUCAGCAUUGAAAAAAUUAAUGAAUUUUCACUGAUGUAUAUACAAUUUUGUUUAUUAAGUUGCAUAUGUAAUACAAAAUAAAUGCGUUGAUAAUACUCUUAUUUUUGAAAUGAAAUAUUAUUAAUCCCUCACUGCGGAAAGAUGAUAUGAAGUGUUUUAACCUGUUAAUUAGUUUGUUAAAAUUUGCAAUAUUUGCUACAUUUUCAAAAAUUAAAAUAUAUUGGAUAGAAUACUCGUAAAAUUUUAAUUUGAGAACAAUAAUUCUAAAACAAUCCGCAGUGCAGGUUUCAUGUAUAAUUUGCAAUUGUAAUUAUAAAUAUGAUUUAAAUUAUAUUAAACAACGCAAACUGUCUUCAAAUUUAAAAUUUAAUUUAUGAAUAUCAAGUAAUUAAAAAAAUUAAUUUUAUGGAAAAAAAACUUUAAACUAAAUACGGCAUUUAAAGAUUUAAAGUUUUUUUUCACAAGAUAAAGGUUUUCAUUCGUCUUAAAAUUCUAAUUGAUAUUACAUUCUCAUUUUUAAAAAUUCUCAAACUACUUAAUGACUUGAAUAAUACUAUAAACUUGAUUUUUAAUCAUUCCAAUUACAUUAAUUAUAAUAUAACGAAUCGUUUACAAAAACGAUGAUAUCAUUCAAACUUUUAAUAAAUUGUAUUAUGAAUUAAAUGUAUUAUAUAUACGCGUUCACAUUCUUACAUUUUAUUAUCUCACAUUCUAGAAAAAUGUUUAUCGCACUUAAAUUAUUACAGAUAAAAAUUAGAGGAGAUUCUUUAAAAAGCUUUCUAUACUUUUUACAAAUAUCUUAACUUAAACAAUUCAAAAAGCUUUAGCGAAAUGAGUUUUAACAUUUAAGAAAAAACCCUAUUUAUAUUUUUUCUGAAUAAUAAAACUAUAACGGGUUUUAGCUAUAGGUUAAAAAAAUGCAAAUACAAUAUUGCAUUUUUUUAAAAAUAGUUUUAUUUGUAUUUAUGUGAAAAGUAAUACUUUUAAAAUAUUUACAUUUGAGUUCAUUUCUAAGAAUUAAUACUAUUUUGAAAAGAAUAUUUUUCCAAAUCACAUGAAUUCUUUUAGAAAAAUGUACUUAACUUUUCGCUAAAGUUUUAGAAUCACUAGAUAUGUAUUAUAAAUUUUUAGUUUUAUGUCUUUUUAUUCUUUUCGUCGUUAAUACGAUUAAAAAUGUGUAUGUAUUUUAUUUUCUAUUUUUAAAUGGUAGGAAAAAUGUCGAUUCUUUAAAUACUUUGUUCAUAUUAAUAGAUCAUAAUAAAAUCUGACGUAAAAUCUCUACAUUUUAAUCUAUCUACGAGACUAAAAAUGGUUGUUCUUGACAAUAUUUCCACUGAAUUAUUCAUACAUUAAAGCAUGUCAAGUCUUAAAAAUAAAUUACACGUCAUAAAAAU